AUGACGUGUGAUUAUCGAGCUGCAAAGUCGGGCUUUGCUCUAGACGUACAACAAAAGCUUGCGGAAAAGUUUGAUGGGAAGGAGGCCGCCAAAACCCUCCGAUGGAUUAGAUUGUUGACUCCACCAGACGUCAAACCUCCUGGUCCAAUGUCGGAGGCCGUUGAAAAAAUACCAAAGGACAUUGAUGAUGUGACUAUGGAUGAGUAUUUUGAAUAUUUGUACAAUGGCCUUACUUUGGGUUAUUUGAUGGCAUGUCUGGAUCCCAAUUUUGCGUCAAGAGUGAACAGCUCUAGAACUUGGCAAGUUGCAGAGAAGACUAUUUUCGAAACCCCUCGACAGCGUGAACGUAUUGGUGUAUUUUUACAGUUUGCCGCUGAUCUUGGCGUCAAUUCCGCAUCUCGUUUCCAGACUGACCAGUUGUAUGAAAAAACAAAUCUUCCUCAAGUUGUCGUCUGUCUUAGCCAACUUGGGAUUGAAGCACAAGCUAAACCCGGUUUCAGAGGUCCAUCUGACUUUUGGGUUCACAAGCAUAAAGAAAACAAGCGUGCUUUUACAGAAGAACAGCUUCGCUCGGGAGAAACUGUGAUUGGAUUGCAAGCAGGAUACACUGGCGGCGCUACCGCCUCUGGUGUCAACUUUGGCGGUCGCAGACACAUAACAGAUACCUUCUAG